AUGGAAGGUUUACAGAAUUCCCCCUUUCUCAGGGAGCUAUCGUCGAGUGACCGACGAACACGCGAUGAAGCACUUGACUCUUUAACGCUGUUUCUUAAAAGUCGCCGCGACUUACAAUUGAAUGAUCUUUUAAAGAUAUGGAAAGGCUUGUUCUUUUGCAUGUACCACUGCGACCGGCCCGUAAACCAACAAAACCUCUCGCGCUCCUUAUCAUAUACACUAGUACCAAAAUUGCCGGACCAGAUUUUACAGCCCUUUCUCCGCGCAUUCUGGAUUACAAUGUCUCGAGAUUUUCACUCACUAGAUCGACUAAGACUGGACAAGUACCUCUUUCUGCUACGCUGCUAUGUAGGCGUCGCUCUUGGAAUUUUCAUUAAAAAGGGUAUUGAAAAUACAAAGGCGAGGAAUAGUGCAUCAGCAAAUGGAAGCGAUGCAACAAACUCUCGGAAGGGCAGAAAAAGAAAAAGAGCUGAGAAAAAUGAAGAAUUAGACGACUGGGUAGAACUAAAACAUUUUCUUGAUAUGCUUGAGGAAGGCCCACUGUGCCCCGUGAAUUUUGAUGGCACAGAGACCAACCCUCUCGUGAUGCCAAAAGGCCCGGAUGGUAUCCGAUAUCAUAUCAUGGAUAUUUGGCUUGACGAGAUUGAAAAAUACGUCAUCAGCUCAGUCGAUCAUAAAGAUGAUGAAAUCGAAAAAUAUAUACCAACAUUGACCCCGGAAAAGAGUAUCCCAAUGGAGUUGCUGCUCCGCCCCAUUGAGCGAAUAAAAGCGAAAAGCCUCAACAAAACAGCUCGCAAAAGAGCCAUAGAGACCCUUGGUGACGAACGGUUAGUAAAGUGGGGUGUUAAAGCGAAAGAGAGUAGUGUAGAGCCCGAUGAUGAAGAGGAAGAAUGGGGUGGAAUAGACUAUUGA